AUGCGUGACAACCACGGCCAGCGAGUGCUCGCCUCGCCUUCCACCGCCAAGACCAAGAAGCCGGACAUCCUGUUGCUGAUGCGACAGCUGCCCGACACCAAUCUGCAAGACAGCGAGCUGCUUGCCCCUGGGAGGAGCUGGUCGCCACCGGGCGCAGAGGAGCCGGUCGCCGCUGACCCGAAGGAGUUGAGCGCAGCGGAGGAGCCGAGCGCAACGAAGGCGCCAAGUCCCACGAAGACGUCGCCGGACGAAGGAACAUCGCGCGAAGGGGCUGCUCGUUACCGGGGGCUGAGCAGGAAGAAGGAGCAGAGCAGCGAGGAAGAAGAAGGAGCAGAACAUGAAGAAGGAACUGAUCAGGAAGGAGGAGCGGAGCAGGAAGAAGAAGCAGGCCGGCAAGGCCUAGCAGAACGGGAAGGAGGGGCUGAGCUCUACAGACCAGGAGGUGCUGAGCAGAGAGGAGGCGUGGAGCGCCAUGAUGGAGCAGAGGUGUGA